AUGGGCAGCGUGCGAACCAACCGCUACAGCAUAGUUUCCUCAGAGGAGGACGGCAUGAAGCUGGCGACAAUGGCUGUUGCCAAUGGCUUUGGCAACGGGAAGAGCAAGGUACACACCAGGCAGCAGUGCAGAAGCCGGUUUGUCAAGAAAGACGGCCACUGCAACGUCCAGUUCAUUAAUGUGGGUGAAAAAGGACAACGUUACCUAGCAGACAUCUUCACCACCUGUGUGGACAUUCGCUGGAGGUGGAUGCUACUUAUCUUCUGUCUUGCUUUCAUCCUCUCAUGGCUGUUUUUUGGUUGUGUGUUUUGGUUGAUUGCCCUAUUGCAUGGGGACCUGGAAAGAACAGAAAGACUUUGUGUCUCCGAAGUGCGCAGCUUCACUGCAGCCUUCCUUUUCUCCAUUGAAACACAGACAACAAUUGGCUAUGGCUUUAGGUGUGUCACAGACGAGUGCCCCAUCGCCGUCUUCAUGGUGGUUUUCCAGUCAAUCGUUGGUUGCAUCAUUGAUGCCUUCAUCAUUGGUGCCGUCAUGGCUAAGAUGGCUAAACCGAAAAAGAGAAACGAAACUCUCAUCUUCAGCCACAAUGCUGUCAUCGCCAUGCGGGACGGGAAACUGUGCUUGAUGUGGCGGGUUGGAAAUCUGCGCAAAAGCCACUUGGUGGAAGCACACGUUAGAGCGCAACUCCUCAAAUCUCGGAUCACCACGGAAGGAGAAUACAUCCCUCUAGAUCAAAUAGACAUCAACGUUGGGUUCGACAGUGGGAUAGAUCGCAUAUUUUUGGUCUCGCCCAUUACAAUCGUACAUGAAAUAGACGAGGAGAGCCCUUUGUAUGACUUAAGUAAGCAGGAUAUGGACAACACAGACUUUGAAAUUGUAGUAAUAUUAGAAGGCAUGGUGGAAGCCACUGCCAUGACCACGCAGUGCCGUAGCUCAUAUCUGGCAAACGAAAUCCUCUGGGGCCACCGUUAUGAGCCUGUACUGUUUGAAGAGAAAAACUACUAUAAAGUGGACUACUCUAGGUUCCACAAAACAUAUGAAGUGCCGAACACGCCCCUUUGUAGUGCCAGAGACUUAGCGGAAAAGAAAUACAUCCUUUCUAAUGCAAAUUCAUUUUGCUAUGAGAAUGAAGUGGCUCUGGCCGGCAAAGAAGAAGAUGAUAGUGACAAUGGGGUGCCGGAGAGCACGAGUACGGACACCCAUCCAGACAUGGACCAUCACAGCCAAACAGGGGUGCCCCUAGAACCUAGGCCUUUGAGGCGAGAAUCUGAAAUAUGACUGAGAUCAGUGAUCUCCACUAUGGCUCUAGAAUCUGUCUGUCGGCUACAGGCAUGCUAUGCUGAGAAGUAGCC